GAAUGCCCCUCAACUACCAUUAAAGAAGAUAAGUAUACAUCCAGUUCCUAUUGUCUUGUGGAGGCAGCAAGCUCAGGCCGUUUCUUGUGAGGACAUCUGAUCGAAAGCUCGUCCACUGUUCUCUUGUCUCUAUCAUCGUCCAAAAUGGAGCAUUUGUCUCAAGAUGCAGACUCGACACCCGACUCUCUGGCUCUACCUUUUCCUCUAUCCUCUUUGCAUACACUUUCGCAUCGGAUGGUACUAGCCCCCAUGACCCGCAUGCGCGCUUCUGACGACGGCAUCAUCAACACCAGCGCCGCAGAAUACUACUCGUCACGAGCGACGCCAGGAGGCCUGCUCAUCUCCGAGGGCGUGGUCGUCGCUCCACGGGGUCGCGGCUUUCCCAACACCCCUGGUCUGUACACGCCAGAACAGGUCGCGGCAUGGAAAGUGGUGACUGAAGCUGUGCACGACAAAGGCGGUGUUUUGUUCGCACAGAUCUGGCACGUCGGUCGGGUCGCCGUGCCCAGCCAGACGGGUGGUUAUGCGCCGCUGAGCUCCACAGCUGGACCUCUGCCUGGCGCGCAUCAGUUGUUCGGACAGCAGAAUGCAACGGAGUUGUAUGUGCCUGGUGAGGCGAUGACGAAGGGUCAGAUUGAAGAGGCUGUGGGUCAAUUUGCGCAAGCAGCGCGCAAUGCGAUCGAAGCUGGGUUUGAUGGCGUCGAGAUCCAUGGCGGAAAUGGGUAUCUGCUCGAUACAUUUGUACAUUCGAACAUCAAUGAUCGGACAGAUGAGUAUGGUGGCAGUCUUGACAAUCGAUUAAGGUUCCCACUUGAGGUUGUGGAUGCGGUGGUCGAGGCCGUGGGCAGCAAAAGAGUCGGGAUCCGGCUUGCCCCGUUCCAUGUGCUUCAGGAGACGUUGGAUGAGGAUCGGAUGGGCACUUUCUCGGAGUAUGCGAGGUGGUUGAGCACACGGGGAUUGGCUUAUGUGCAUCUUGUGGAGCCGCGGUACGAUGUGUUGAGUACUGAGGGAGCAUUUGCUGGGAAGGUGGACAGAAAGGCUGGUGCUGCGGAAGAAGUGGCGUCAAGUACAACUUUCAGUCUCGAACCGUUUCGGGAGAUCUUGAACAAGACGAAUCCGCCUACGCCGUUGAUUGGAGCGGGAGGGUAUAGUGCUUCGUCGGCGAGGGAGGCUGUGAAAUCGGGAAGGGUCGAUUUGGUGGCUAUUGGACGACAUUUCACGAGCAAUCCGGAUCUUGUGGAUAGAUUGUUAUUAGGGAAGAGCCUGACCAAGUAUGAUCGGCCGACGUUUUAUACGCCAUCGUUGGAGGGUUAUUUGGGGUGGAAGACAUGGAAGGAGGAAGAGAACCCGCCAAGAAAGUAGACCUGCGUGGCCUGUAGAGGUGACUUUGAAGUCUGUGCUGCGACAUAUUGAGCAUGGCAUU